AUGGCUAACGCAAAAUCACUCUACAGAUUUAGUAGUGGAGAAAUCAACUUCCUGGCGGAGCAGGAACUUGUAACAAUACUCCCCAGAUAUACUAUGAACGGCGCAACACUGAUAGGAGCAAGACUACCAGAUUUAAAAGCAUUGCGUCGAGAAGAAGUGCCGCUUUGGUUGGCACUUAUAUUGAAGAAACAGGAUAAGUGUAACAUCGUGAUACCAGAAUGGUUAACAGUAAACUUUCUCAAGAAGAAAUACGAGGAGGAGAUGAAUCAGCCCAAUAAAUUUUCGGAUCUUCCCUGGCAGUGGCUCCCAAUCUCGAAAAUGGUCUUAGAUAAAUCAAGUGAUGACUUCAUAGAUCCACCUCAUGAGAUAAGAUCAAUACUACAGGACUUGCGAGAAAUCAGACAACUCAAGGCUCGUAAGGGUAUCAAGGAAUUGAAUGAGGUUUAUCUUCAGUUGGACGGGUUGAGUCUAGUCGAAAUUAAUGAAAUAAGGCCGUUAAUCGUUGAAUCUAUGAACCAGCUGAGGAUUCUUUCCCAAAGUGUUAAAGCUGAUCAACUUUCUGGUGCUGGUGAUAGUGAACUGGCAGAAAAGGGUGGUAUGGUAAACGAAUCGCAGGCAACUUAUGAACAGGAUGCGAGCACUACGAGGGAUUCAAUCAAGCCUAAAGCAGAUAGCAGCUUGUAUGACAGCAGUGUGGGAAAAAUCAGCGUCAAAGGUAACACAACUACUAGCGAUGAUUCUAAUGGGGAAGGUGAUAGUGACGAUAGUGAUGUAGAGUAUAGGAAAUAA